AUGAACUAUUUGGAUCAAAACACUAAAAAAGCUUGUUCCGUAUAUGUUUCAUCACUUGACAUAGGUCUACAAUCCUACGUGACAAUAUUUCAUUGGGAUCUUCCACAAGCACUGGAAGAUGCGUAUGGUGGCUUUUUAAGCCCACACAUCACAGAUUAUAUUCGGGACUUUGCGGAGCUUUGCUUCAAGGAGUUUGGCGAUCGGGUGAAGUAUUGGAUCACCCUCAACGAGCCAUGGACUUACAGCAAUGGUGGUUAUGACCAAGGAACCUUAGCACCAGGACGAUGCUCUAAGUGGGUUAAUGGAGCAUGCACAGCUGGGAACUCUGCCAUUGAGCCUUACCUGGUAGGCCACCAUCUGCUUCUUUCUCAUGCAGCUGCAGUAAAAGUGUACCAGGAUAGAUACCAGGCAUCUCAAAAGGGGAAGAUUGGAAUAACAUUGUUGUCUCACUGGAUGGUACCCUACUCUGACAAGAAAGUGGAUAAGAAAGCAGCCAUAAGAGCCCUAGAUUUCAUGUUUGGAUGGUUUAUAAAUCCAUUAACCUAUGGCGAUUAUCCAUAUAGCAUGCGCACGCUUGUUGGACCACGACUACCAAAGUUCACCCCUAAGCAAUCUAUGCUAGUGAAAAGGUCCUUUGAUUUUCUUGGAUUGAAUUACUACACUGCAAAUUAUGCAUCUAAUGUUCCUGUUGCCAAUACCGUUAAUGUGAGCUACUCUACAGAUUCUCUUGCUAAUCUCAUCACACAACGCAAUGGAAUCCCCAUCGGUCCAAUGGUUGGUUCAAGUUGGCUUAGUGUCUAUCCUAGUGGAAUUCAGAGUCUUUUACUCUAUGUGAAGAGAAAAUACAACAAUCCACUUAUUUACAUCACUGAAAAUGGCAUUACUGAAGUCAAUAAUAAUACCUUAACACUUAAAGAGGCGUUGAAGGACCCGCAAAGGAUAGAUUACUACUAUCGUCAUCUUCUAUUCCUUCAAUUAGCCAUCAAGGAUGGCGUUAAUGUGAAGAGUUAUUUUGCAUGGUCAUUAUUGGAUAACUAUGAAUGGAAUUUUGGUUACACUGUUAGGUUUGGUAUUGUCUUUGUUGAUUAUGACAAUGGCUUGAAAAGGCACCCUAAAGAUUCAGCUAUGUGGUUCAAGAAAUUCCUUAAAAAAUAG